CAGCCGCCUCGACCAAUAGCUACGGGGCCGGUCCGCCGUGCAGACGGAAGUAGUGCAGGCAAAGUGGUCCCAGAGUCAGGCGCAGCGAGGUGCUGCUGCAGAGCCGGGUCGUGGCUCACGCGUCUUGUGCCAAAAUGCCGCGCUUCGCCUUGACCGUUAUCCGCCAUGGUGAAACAAGACUUAAUAAGGAGAAAAUCAUUCAAGGUUGGUCUCAUCCGAUUAUUGCCCAGUUCUGCUUCACUGUUAAUGACUUGGUGGGGGCGAGGGGAGGCAGGCGGCAUUGUAAUUGAGUUGAAUUGGAUUGGGGUUAGGGGGUGAGGCUACCAUAGAAUUGGACUAAAACGGUAGGUCACUCGAAGGAACAGAAGUCUCUAAAGUGGGCAUGACGUGCACGGGUAGCUCCAAUAGUGUCUCUACGCAGACCCUCACGGGGGCCAGUCACUGAAAAGUCGCCUUGGGUGGGUUCUUAAGGACCACAGUCACGAUUUGACAAGAUUAAAGCCAGGUGGCACGUGCCAGUCAUCCCAGCAGGCAGAUGCCUGAGGCAGGAGGAUCUCUGUUUGAGGCCAGUAUCUGCACUAUACAAAGACUGCAAGGUUAGUUUAGGCUGUAAAGAAUGAUUUUAUAUUAGGAAAUAAGACAUUUACAGGCUCGCAUUAGCACUUUCCUAAACAGUUACUCUGAUUUCUGUACUAACGAUGAGAUUCCCUCUGCUGUGGGAUGGCCCUUUGGUUGGCUUGUCAUUCCCUCUGCUGUGGGGUGGCCCUUUGCUUUGCUUGUCAAAGCCAACUGCUCUGGAACGUGAGUAACCACAACUGCAUUCACAUCCAUCUUUAAGUUGGUUGGUCUCCGGACUUUGUAAGUUGGAUGCUCACUGGUCUCCCUCUGCCCCCCUUUUAAAAACAAACAGAUUCCCACACAGUCUGUGGGGUGGUGAGAUGGCUUAGUGGUUGAGAAAGGGUAUUGCUUUUACAGAGAACCCCAGUUUGGUCCCCAGUACCCAGACUGGUGACCCACAACCACUUUUAACUCCGGUUCCAGAUCUGAUCUCCAGGGGGUCUCUGACCCCCCUCUUCUGGCCUCUACAGAACUUACAGUCAAAUGCACAUACCCUGACACAGACAUCCAUAACUUACAGAAAUAGUAAAACAUAAGUCUCCAAGCACGGUCCCUAGCUGGCAGCAGUCUGUCCCUUCCUUCUGAUAUUGGUUGGUAUAUGUAGGUGGGAAAGCACUCUCAGUCAGUGCAGGCACACGUCUGCACUGAUGGUUUUCUCCCGGAACUUGCUCUGUUUCUGCUUUCAUCAGCUUGUUGAGCUGAGCAUGUAGCUCGGGAAGAAAGCUCUCGGGCUGGCUGAUGCUGGACCCCGGGCUGGCUGAUGCUGGCCCCUGGCCCCGUCCCCAGCACAGAGCUAUAGCACAGCUGGUGAAGGAGGCCUGUUGUGAGUGUUAACACAGUUUAUCACUUUGGCAGGAUCUAGGAUUGUAGAAACAACUAUGGGGAGCCUCUGGUUGCCAGGGAUGGAUCAUCUAGAUUAGAUUCAUUAAGUUGGGAAGACCCAUUGUAUUAGUCAGGGUUCUCUAGAGUCACAGAACUUAUGGAUAGUCUCUAGAUAAUAAAGGAAUUUAUUGAUGACUUACAGUCGGCAGCUCAAUUCCCAACAAUCGUUCAGUCACAGCUGUGAAUGGAAGUCCAAGGAUCUAGCAGUUACUCAGUCUCACGCAGCAAGCAGGCGAAGGAGCAGGAGCAAGAGCUCGACUCCCUUCUUCCAAUGUCCUUAUAUUGUCUCCAGCAGAAGGUGUAGCCCAGAUUAAAGGUGUGUUCCACCACACCUUUAAUCCCAGAUGAAAGGCGUAGCCCAGAUUAAAGGUGUGUUCCUUAAACUCGGAGAUUCAAUCUUCUGGAAUCCAUAGCCAAUAUGGCUCAAGAUCUUCAAACCAAGAUCCAGAUAAGGAUCUCCAAGCCUCCAGAUAAGGGUCACUGGUGAGCCUUCCAAUUCCGGAUUGUAGUUCAUUCCAAAUAUUGUCAAGUUGACAACCAGGAAUAGCCACUACAAUCCACCCCUUGUCAACUUGACACAAAUAAUAUCUCAUGUUCACAUGAAACAAUAACAAGGUUGUAAAUACGCCUAACAUGAUAUAACUAUCCCUCGUACAAUCGCAAACGCAUUAGUAAAUUUACAAUGGGCAUUCAUAUUACUUUAUAAUCCUCGUUUCUGCAACUGGUUACGUGGCCUUAAUUGGUAUUUAUAACUACCUUCCUCUACUACCCAUUCUGUAUUUCCUUCUCCUUCAGCCAGCACCUCAGCAGGUCUUGGCUCUUUUCCUGGAGGAUUGACCCAUACCUUCAUUCCUGAUGGGUCUGCGUCCUUUGUCAUCCUGCUUGGAUUAGGCUGUUGUAGUUUCCCAUUGACUUUAAUCACAGGACAUGGUAGUACUAAGAGACGCCCUAAGGGAUCUCCUACACUCCAGACAUAAUCUUGCUUACCACCAUUGUGAAGAGGUAAUCCAAUUUCUCCAUGGUAAUCUGGAUCUAUCACCCCUCCUAACACUGUUAUUCCUUUUUUAGCCUGUUGGUUUAAGGGCAUUAGAAGCCCAAAAUGACCAGGGGGAAGUCUGAGCUUCCAGUUCAAUGGAAUGUUUGUUGUAGCUCCUGGUAGGAGGACUCCCCUCUCUGGAGCCAAAACUUCUAGGCCAGCAGAACCUAGAGUUAUGGGGACAGGAAGCAAAAAUUUUCCUAGAGGGUCACUAGGAGUGAUAGUAAGUGGAACUAUUCCUUUUUCCACCCCUUGAUUCCUGGACCCAUGAAUCCUGGCUAUGGGUGAAACUGUACCAUAUAUCGAGCGCUGAUUCAAAGCAUAUACUGCCUUCUGAAGAACUCUGCCCCAGCCUUCCAAGCUGUUACCACCUAAUUGGCGCUGUAACUGCGUCUUCAAAAGGCCAUUCCAUCUUUCUAUCAGCCCAGCUGCUUCAGGAUGAUGGGGAAUGUGGACAAGGCGUAGAUGCGCCCCUUUCGGAGACUGGGUUUCGGCAAGCAGCGGCCGCCGGGCAGUUUCUGAGCAAUGUGCAGUUUACCCACGCCUUCUCCAGCGAUCUCACGAGGACUAAGCAGACCAUACAUGGCAUUUUGGAGAAAAGCAGAUUUUGUAAAGACAUGGCGGUGAAGUACGACUCCAGGCUCCGAGAAAGGAUGUACGGAGUCGCGGAAGGCAAGCCGCUAAGCGAGCUUCGGGCCAUGGCCAAAGCCGCUGGGGAAGAGUGCCCCAUGUUCACCCCGCCUGGAGGAGAGACAGUUGAGCAGGUAAAGAUGCGCGGAAAGGAUUUCUUUGAUUUCAUUUGUCAGCUAAUCCUGGGCAAGGCAGGGCAGAGAGAAAGCGUCCUGCCUGGAGCGCCAGGCAGCGGUUUGGAAAGCUCUUUGGCAGAGGUUUUCCCUGUUGGAAAACAUGGCAGCUUGGGGGCGAAUCCCAAAGGUGGCACCCUGGGCUUAGCAGCCAGCAUCUUAGUUGUGAGCCAUGGCGCUUACAUGAGAAGCCUCUUUGGUUAUUUUCUGAGUGACCUCAGAUGCUCGUUGCCAGGAGCGAGAGACAAAUUGGAACUUUCCUCCAUCACUCCCAACACUGGGAUCAGUGUCUUCAUCAUAGACUGUGAGGAAGCACGCCAGCCAUCGAUUCAGUGCGUUUGUAUGAACCUCCAGGAGCACCUGAACGGAGUGACUGAGAAGCAGCACUGAGUGUGGAGCCCGUGCAGUGGAGCCUCUGAAGGGAGGGACUUGGCCUCUGCUGCUGCCAUUUUAGAAGCAGCGGAGAAUUCAUGUGUUGAAGCCCCACUGGGGUUGUGGCUGUGUCAGACGUUAGUGGGGAAUCCACUCACAGCCAGCCUGGCUUUUCCUGUCAUUUUCUACACUGAUUUUUGUCACUCUGUCCCAUUAUGUCUCUGAUCUGUUAACUUAUGAGGACAUUGAGGCUUGCACAUCCGGGGAUGAGCAGCCUUCUUUCCACACACUUCCUUUUCCUUGGCCCUUGUGAUGUCUAGGUGGUGUUGGCUUUUGAAGAUAAUUGUAUGAUUUCACACUCGCUCACCAAGUGCUUGCAAGAAAGAAUGGUUUCAGUAAUACGCUGCGUAUUUGCAGUGAUCCAAAGUGUUCAGAGUGAAGCUUCAGAUCAGUGUUCAAGGUAAAGUGACCGAACACUCUAGUGUCCUGGAGAAACUAGCUCUUGGGAUUUAUUAUUAUUAUUAUUAUUAUUAUUAUUAUUAUUAUUAUUAUUGCCUCAGAAUACAGCAGAGGGACUGAAGGGGUGGGUGGGCAGUUAAGAGUACUUCCUGUUACUCAGAACUCCAGUUCAGAUCCCGUUACCCAUGUUGGGGAGCUCACAGCUGCCUGGAACUCCAGCAUUGGAGAGCCAGUGCCCCCUCUGUGCCUCUGCAGACACUUGGCACACAUACACACAAAUAAAAGUGAUGAAAGCAGCCUCGGGGGAAGAAAGGAAUGCACCACUUGAUCAAAACACACUAAGAAUCCCCUGAGCAGAAGGAAAAAGGAGCUCUCCAGGCAAACAGGGUGGGUGAGGGGUUGCUCAAAUUGUCCUCUGCUUUGUAUCUGGCUUGCCAGUUGAUCUAAAGAAGAGGUGCUGAAAACUGCUAUCUAGAAGGCACAGAUGAAGAACCUUCCCUCUAGGUGGCCCUGUAGGAAAGGGAUUUUGAUUGCUGCUCGGGAGUCCUUAAUUGGGAAACCGGAUUGAACUGCUGAAAUGCCAGCUCACACCACAGCCUCAGGGAAAGGAAUUACAUGGGGAAACUGUAAUCAUAACAGCGGGCCCAGAUAGGCAUCAAACAAACUUAAACCUAGAAAAAGGAAGGAAUAUGUCGAGGCUCACAGCUGCUAGCUUGCCACAGCUGUAAAGCACUGCUAGGUCCUUCCCCUGUCUAGACACUGCGGAGCUGGUGUCAACACUGGGUACUGGUGGCCCCAGACUAGGGAUUUCCUUGAGAUUCCAUAUGCAUAUGUACCUUGCACAAAAACAUCACUAGUGUGCACCCAAAGUGUGGCCAUCUUCCGAGAAACCCAAAGACGUGAUUAAGGGGGCCGCAGAAAAGUUGCCCUAUGGGUGACAGCAAACUUCAGCCCAAAAGUGGCGCCAGCAUCGGAGCCAGUGGUGGAUGCGUGAAUUUGAGAGGGAAGCCCGAGGGGUCUGGAGGUGGUCUUCAGUGGGCCCUGGGUUCCAUCCUUGGUAUUAGGGGGGAAAAACAAGAAGGCUGUGGGUUUGGUUCUCUUCCUACUUCUGUGGAGGCCCCCCACCCCGACCCGGCAAGCCUUCAGGUGUCAACAGUGUGGUCCAGGGAACAGUUGUGACAAAGUUUGGUGGGCUGGCUUCGUCUCCAGUUGGACUCUUGUCUGGCCUGAGUCUCUGCUGCUCCCCUGAGAGUGAUUUCUCUUCCUCCUUAUCAGGCUGUAUUUUCCCAUCCCUAAGAGUAGAUGAUAAAAUGUUACAUUUUGAACACAUUAAAAGAAAUUUAAAAAUACACAAUGGUUAGGCUGCCUCAAAGCAGUGUCCAAGUGUUAUUUUGAUCUAAAGUCAGGUAAGAAGAAAUGGCAGCUUUGCCUAACAACAGUAUAACCUCAGACCUCAUCCUUCUCCUCUUCCCCCCCCCACUCCCCAAGCUCCCAGGGAUGCCUUGAUACCCGUCUUGGUACUUGCGGAGCUGCAUCCUACCACCCCCCACCCCCACCCCCUCCGUGGCCUCCAGUCAGACCCGCUCACGUUCCACUAGGUGGAUUUGUUACAAAAGAUUAUUUUUUUUUUAGCAACUUCAGGUUUAUGGAAAAGUCAAACAAGGAGAAGUUCCCCUACACACCCUCCCCCCCCCCCAUUUAUUCUGUUGGCAAAAUCUCGCCACAGCGUUGAAGUCUGUAUCUGAACGAAGUGUGCCGUUUGUCAGUUUUGUGUUACCACGUUAAUGGAGUGAAUGUCGCCUUCCUGUGAGCUCAGCGUUUCCUCUGGCUGUCAUCUCCAUUGUAUAGAAAGUCCAGCAUCCACACCAUUCUUAGUGUGCCCCGCACUACCUUUUUCUGCCGGUGAUGGAUACGUGAAUUUGAGAGGAAAGUUAUAAAAAACCUGAAGGGUCUGGAGGUGUUGCUCAUUGGGCCCUGGGUUCCAUCCUCAGUAUUGGGGGAAAGAAACACAAAAGGAGAACAAAACAAAAACCUACUUUUAAAGAAGAGAAAUCCAGUGUUAGUGAGGAAAUGCAGGGUGAGCUAGGGGUCUAGUGUAGACCAGGUGCAGAGCAUCAUGGGAAGUCCUCUGGUUCUUUACCAGGAGCAUCUGAGCAGCAGUGUUGUUCCAAUGCCUUUCACGUGUACAGAAAUACCCAGCUAUCUGUAGUCUUUGUUUUACCCAUAUUGUUUGAGGCACUAUUUAUUUGGGAAUGUAUGGAUCUACUUAAUUGUAACCAGUAUUCUACUGAAUAAAGCAUCUUUUGUUUAUAAAGGA